GCUGAGUGGAGGAGUUGAUGUGUCUCAUUAUAACAGCCAAUGCAGCCGCCAUCCACGCACAAGCAAAGAAGCAUGUCCCAUUUAAAUACACCCACGCAGCCCCAGCGCCCUUAGCCGAUCGGGGCGCGCAGCCCACACGCACCGCGGCUCCGGGCUUGGAGAUCCGUGCACGCUGGGCUCCCGGACCCAGCGGACCGUCCAGAGAGGAGGGUCGAGCUCGGGCUCCGUGGGGUUGGAGUGGGCGGGGGAGGCUGGGCCCCGGGCCUCUGACGCUGCACCCGCAUGAGGAGGACGCGAGUGAAAUAGACCAAGGUGGAAUUGCCAAGGGAGAAGCUUCGGGGUGGCUUUGGUCCAUUUCUCCGGGCGAAGAAGUAGACAUGGCGAGCGACUCCCCGGCUCGCAGUCUGGAUGAGAUCGAUCUCUCAGCUCUGAGGGACCCUGCAGGGAUCUUUGAAUUGGUGGAACUUGUUGGAAAUGGAACAUAUGGGCAGGUUUAUAAGGGUCGUCAUGUCAAAACAGGCCAACUUGCAGCCAUUAAGGUUAUGGAUGUCACAGGGGAUGAAGAGGAAGAAAUAAAACAAGAAAUUAACAUGUUGAAGAAAUAUUCUCAUCAUCGGAAUAUAGCUACAUACUAUGGUGCUUUUAUCAAAAAGAACCCUCCUGGCAUGGAUGACCAACUUUGGUUGGUGAUGGAGUUUUGUGGCGCUGGCUCUGUCACUGAUCUCAUCAAGAACACGAAAGGAAACACACUGAAAGAAGAGUGGAUCGCAUACAUCUGCAGAGAGAUCCUACGGGGGCUGAGUCACCUGCACCAGCAUAAGGUGAUUCAUCGGGAUAUAAAAGGGCAAAAUGUCUUGUUGACUGAAAAUGCAGAAGUUAAACUAGUGGACUUUGGGGUCAGUGCCCAGCUUGACCGCACAGUGGGCAGGAGAAACACUUUCAUUGGGACGCCCUACUGGAUGGCACCGGAAGUCAUUGCCUGUGAUGAAAACCCAGAUGCCACAUAUGAUUUCAAGAGUGACUUGUGGUCUCUGGGAAUCACCGCCAUAGAGAUGGCAGAAGGUGCUCCCCCUCUCUGUGACAUGCACCCCAUGAGAGCCCUCUUCCUCAUCCCCCGGAACCCAGCACCUCGGCUGAAGUCUAAGAAGUGGUCAAAAAAAUUCCAGUCAUUUAUUGAGAGCUGCUUGGUAAAGAAUCACAGCCAGCGACCGGCAACAGAGCAACUGAUGAAGCAUCCAUUUAUACGAGACCAACCGAACGAGCGCCAGGUCCGCAUUCAACUCAAGGACCAUAUUGAUAGAACAAAGAAGAAAAGAGGAGAAAAAGAUGAGACUGAGUAUGAGUACAGUGGAAGUGAGGAAGAGGAGGAGGAGAACGACUCUGGAGAGCCCAGCUCCAUCCUGAACCUGCCUGGAGAGUCUACACUACGGCGGGACUUCCUGAGACUCCAGCUGGCCAACAAGGAGCGUUCAGAGGCCCUGCGGAGGCAGCAGCUGGAGCAGCAGCAGCGGGAGAACGAGGAACAUAAGAGGCAGCUGCUGGCCGAGCGCCAGAAGCGCAUUGAGGAGCAGAAGGAGCAGCGGAGGCGGCUGGAGGAGCAACAGAGGAGAGAGAAAGAGCUGCGGAAGCAGCAGGAGAGGGAGCAGCGCCGGCACUAUGAGGAGCAAAUGCGCAGGGAGGAGGAGCGGAGGCGUGCGGAGCACGAGCAGGAGUACAUCAGGCGACAGUUAGAGGAGGAGCAAAGACAGUUAGAAAUCUUGCAGCAGCAGCUUCUGCAUGAACAAGCGCUACUUCUGGAAUAUAAGCGCAAGCAAUUGGAAGAACAGAGACAAGCAGAAAGGCUGCAGAGACAGCUAAAGCAAGAGAGAGACUACUUGGUUUCUCUUCAGCACCAGCGGCAGGAACAGAGGCCCCUGGAGAAGAAGCCAUUGUACCAUUACAAGGAAGGGAUGAGUCCUAGUGAGAAGCCGGCAUGGGCCAAGGAGGUAGAAGAACGGUCAAGGCUCAACCGGCAGAGUUCACCUGCCAUGCCUCACAAGGUUGCCAACAGGAUUUCUGACCCCAACUUGCCCCCAAGGUCGGAGUCCUUCAGCAUCAGUGGGGUUCAGCCUGCUCGAACACCCCCUAUGCUGAGACCUGUUGAUCCCCAGAUUCCACAACUGGUGGCUGUAAAAUCCCAGGGACCUGCCUUGACCGCUUCCCAGUCAUUGCAUGAGCAGCCCACGAAAGGCCUGUCUGGGUUUCAGGAGGCUCUGAACGUGACCCCUCACCGUGUUGAGAUGCCACGCCAGAACUCAGAUCCCACCUCUGAAAACCCUCCUCUUCCCACUCGCAUUGAGAAGUUUGACAGAAGCUCUUGGUUACGACAGGAAGAAGACAUUCCACCAAAGGUGCCUCAAAGAACUACUUCCAUAUCCCCAGCAUUAGCCAGAAAGAAUUCACCUGGAAACGGCAGUGCUUUGGGACCCAGACUAGGAUCCCAACCCAUCAGAGCAAGCAACCCUGAUCUCCGGAGAACAGAGCCCGUCUUGGAGAGCCCCUUGCAGAGGACCAGCAGUGGCAGCUCCUCCAGCUCCAGCACCCCCAGCUCCCAGCCCAGUUCCCAAGGGGGCUCUCAGCCUGGCUCACAGGCAGGAUCCAGCGAACGGACCAGAGUUCGAGCUAACAGUAAGUCAGAAGGAUCACCUGUGCUCCCCCACGAGCCUUCCAAGGUGAAACCAGAAGAAUCCAGAGAUAUUACCCGACCCAGCCGACCAGCUAGCUAUAAGAAAGCUAUAGAUGAGGAUCUGACGGCAUUAGCCAAAGAAUUAAGAGAACUGCGGAUUGAAGAAACAAACCGCCCACUGAAGAAGGUGACUGAUUAUUCCUCCUCCAGUGAAGAGUCAGAGAGUAGUGAGGAGGAGGAGGAAGAUGGAGAGAGCGAGACCCACGAUGGGACAGUGGCUGUCAGUGACAUACCCAGACUCAUACCAACUGGAGCUCCAGGAAGCAAUGAGCAGUACAAUAUGGGAAUGGUGGGAACACAUGGGCUGGAGACCUCUCAUGCAGACACUUUUAGCAGUAGUAUUUCAAGAGAAGGAACCCUGAUGAUUAGAGAGACAGCUGGAGAGAAGAAGCGAUCUGGCCACAGUGACAGCAAUGGCUUCGCUGGGCACAUCAAUCUCCCUGACCUGGUGCAGCAGAGCCACUCCCCAGCUGGGACCCCAACCGAGGGCCUGGGACGUGUUUCCACCCAUCCCCAGGAGAUGGACUCUGGGACUGAAUAUGGCAUGGGAAGCAGCACGAAAACCUCCUUCACUCCCUUUGUGGACCCCAGAGUAUACCAGACAUCUCCCACUGAUGAAGAUGAGGAGGAUGAAGAAUCAUCAGCUGCAGGAACCCAGAGGUAUCCAGGGACCAUAGGAAAAGCUGCUCCUCAGCAAUCUCUGAACGUACCACAUAUUUCCCAAAAACAACUUCUGGCUCUGUUUACUAGCGAACUCCUUAGGCAAGAACAGGCCAAACUCAAUGAAGCAAGAAAGAUUUCUGUGGUAAACGUAAACCCAACCAACAUUCGACCUCAUAGUGACACACCAGAAAUCAGAAAAUACAAGAAACGAUUCAAUUCAGAAAUACUUUGUGCAGCUCUGUGGGGUGUAAACCUUCUGGUGGGAACUGAAAAUGGCCUGAUGCUUUUGGACCGAAGUGGGCAAGGCAAAGUGUACAAUCUGAUCAACAGAAGGCGAUUUCAGCAGAUGGAUGUGCUAGAGGGACUGAAUGUUCUUGUGACAAUAUCAGGAAAAAAGAAUAAGCUACGCGUUUACUAUCUGUCAUGGUUAAGAAACAGAAUACUGCACAAUGACCCAGAAGUGGAGAAGAAACAAGGCUGGAUCACCGUUGGGGACUUGGAAGGCUGCAUACAUUACAAAGUUGUUAAAUAUGAAAGGAUCAAAUUCUUGGUGAUUGCCUUAAAGAAUGCUGUAGAGAUAUAUGCUUGGGCUCCUAAACCAUAUCAUAAGUUCAUGGCAUUUAAGUCUUUUGCAGAUCUUCAGCACAAGCCUCUACUUGUUGACCUCACUGUAGAAGAAGGUCAGAGAUUAAAGGUUAUUUUUGGCUCACACACUGGUUUCCAUGUAAUUGAUGUUGAUUCAGGAAACUCUUAUGAUAUCUACAUACCAUCUCAUAUUCAGGGCAAUAUCACUCCUCAUGCUAUUGUCAUCUUGCCUAAAACAGAUGGAAUGGAAAUGCUUGUUUGCUAUGAGGAUGAGGGGGUGUAUGUGAACACCUAUGGUCGGAUAACUAAAGAUGUGGUGCUCCAAUGGGGAGAAAUGCCCACCUCUGUGGCUUACAUUCAUUCCAAUCAGAUAAUGGGCUGGGGCGAGAAAGCUAUUGAGAUCCGGUCAGUGGAAACAGGACAUUUGGAUGGAGUAUUUAUGCAUAAGCGAGCUCAAAGGUUAAAGUUUCUAUGUGAAAGAAAUGAUAAGGUAUUUUUUGCAUCCGUGCGAUCUGGAGGAAGUAGCCAAGUGUUUUUCAUGACCCUCAACAGAAAUUCCAUGAUGAACUGGUAACAGAAGAGCACUUGGCACUUAUCUUCAUGGCGUUAUUUCUAAUGUAAAAGAACAUAACUCAUGUGGACUUAUGCCAGUCUAGAGGCAGAACCAGAAGGCUUGAUUGAACAUACUCUUUGCCCUUUUCCUCUUCCUCCACCCCUCCUAAAACAGUCCAUCUUUCAGUGUUGCAGCCUGUUGAGAAGGAGAGAGAAAGGCGGCAGGAAUGUCCAGAAGAUCCCCCAAGGAUGCUGCAUUAUUUGUGGACAGAGAUGGACCAUGUGCCCUUUGGAGUUAGGGAUAGAAACAAAUAUUGUGUGCUCUUAUGAUUAAGCUGUGUUAUGGUGGCUUUUGAAUUUUUUUUACCUUUUCCUUUACCCCCUUAUUUUAUAAGAAUGGGAGAGAUGCAUAUUGAGAAAAUGAGUCUGUUUUUAAUUCUGUCUGCCUGCUAGUUUUAAGUAUAAAGUAUGUUGUAAAAUUUCCCAUCUACAGUGGUAAGAGACAGCACAAUAAAUGUACCUUAUCUCCUCACGCUGAAGACCGUAACUGCAUAGCGGGGAUAAUUUAAGAACUCUCUUGCCUUCACCAACCUAAAUAGUUGCUUUUCGAUAGCAACUGGCUAAUGAAUUUUUAAAAGAGAAGAAAAGUACUAGUUUUCCCCUCUUUUGGGAAAUAGAUUUUAAAUGGCUAAACUACUAGCCUUAGUCUAAUAAAAUCAAGUACCACUUUUUUGAGUCUGACAGGCCAUAUUUUUAUGUGGUCCUUUAAAGAAUGGAGUACACUGAAUGGGAUAGAAAUGCCAUUGAGUUGAGUGGGCCUAGCGACCGAGGAGGGACUCAGUGACUGAGGAAGGACUGGUAAUACAACUUUCCCUCAGCUGUGACGCAACAAAUCAGGGCAAAAGAUUAGAUGACAGACGGGUCAGGAUGAACUUCUAGGGGGAAAAAAAAAAAAUAUAUAUAUAUAUAUAUAUACAUAUAUAUAUAUAUAUAUAUGUAUAUAUAUAUAUGAUCUUUUAAAAAUACAAAGUCACUUGGUUUGGGCUUCAUUAAGACUGAGACACUGCUGAGUUCCUUCUGGGAAUUGGGAAGUGAAUGACAUCCAGGCUCUGGACACUCCCGACUCUCUCGUAAGGGUGCCACUUUCUCAAAAUGAAAACUGUGACUGAAAAAAGAAACUUAAUAAUAAAUGUUUUUGAGCUGCCUGUGUUUUCCCUGAGUUGGUGAGAGACAGGACUAGACUUCUGAGCCUGCCUCAGACACAGUAGGCUCAGAUUUUAGAGAACUUGAAAGCAAGGCUUUUGGCCAAUAUUUUGAGACCCUAAUCACUAUACCUUCCUCCAAAAUACCCAACAUAUGGUAAACAACAUUUGUGCAGAUAUGUAUGUAUUUAGUUCAGGUUGACUUGUGCCCUUAUAAACUCUUACUCGAAUGAUUUGAACUUUUAUGUGACUGUCUGCGAUUUUUUUCCCAAAGCUACGAGCAUGGCCGCCUGUGGUAUCAAGGUGUUGCAAAAUGAUAUCUAUGUUGCGCUUCCUGUUUUAACCUACCUCGUUUGUUAAUUUUUGUUUCACUGUUCAUCACAGUUAUCUCCAGGAGACAUAUAGAGAGCUCAACUGGCAAUCUCAGGUGUAUGUAAUAUUUUAAAACAAAACAGUAGUUGGCCAAAUUGUUCUUCUAAAAAAUGUGGGAGCGGGAAUCCAACAACAAAAAUGAAUGUGGCUUAUUUUGGAGAAAGCAAUUACCAUAAAUGGAACACCCCCCUCCCACCCCCCACAAAAAAUUAUCCUACCAAUGUUGCCUAAAUACUAGAGCAGCUGAUAUACUAUUAAUGAGAACGAAACACACAUUAGGAAAAUGGUGCCAUUUCAAUCUGGUAGUUUGGGCAAGGAGGGGAGGGAAAAGGAAAUAUUCUGGAUUCUGGACUAGAUAUUUAUACCCCACCCACCCCCAAAGGUAGUUGCCAUGUGCAUUUAUUUUAAAAGGUAACACAGGAAUGCAAUUGAGGAUUAUUUUUGGGCAAUCACCAAGAUGUCUUCAUCAUGGUCCCCCUUUAGCUCUCAAAAGCAAUGAAACCAUCCCGUUCUCAUUUUUACUGCUGUGACUAUGCUGCUGAACAAUACUAUAUUCACAAAUUCCAUCAACAAAUUCAGCAAUAAACUGUUUGGAUUGAAUUUAGCAACUACUGUAAUUGGAUGUCGAUGUUAACGAAAAUAUAUUGAUUUGGGUCUCAUCCCCGAACGUGAUUGCCACCAGCUCUUUAUAUUGCUGCUGUGGUAUUUUAAACCAGAAGCUUUUUUAAAUUAUGUUGCAAACUGAUCUUUGUUUUUAUGUUUUGUUUUGUUCUGUUUUAUUUCUAAGUGAUAAGUUCAAAACACACAGCUUUAAAUGAUUUUUUAUUGUGGGAAUUUUGGGUACAGUUAAGAAAUAAAAGGGAAUCAUUGUGUUCAAACAUAAGGUAGUUUGUGAAUGUAUUUUUUAAAAUCUAGAUUCAUUGAAACAAGAAAUCAUAAGACAAUAUUAAUGCAGUCUUGUUUACAGUAUGUACAGUGACAUAACAUAGAACAUGAGCUUCUCUGGUGCCAACAACAAUAAAACACAGACGUUAACCAUCGA